GAGCAGUAGCACCGCGCGGGAGGAGGAGCCGCCGCCGCGCCCUUCCCCUUCCUCCGCUCCUCCCCCGGCCCCCACCGCGCCCGCGGCCGGCCCAGGCAGCACUCGCGAGCAGCAGCGGCCCCGCUGGCGGCCGAGUUGGGAGAAUGCGGCGGCGCUCGCGGAUGCUGCUCUGCUUCGCCUUCCUGUGGGUGCUGGGCAUCGCCUACUACAUGUACUCGGGGGGCGGCUCUGCGCUGGCCGGGGGCGCGGGCGGCGGCGCCAGCAGGAAGGAGGACUGGAAUGAAAUUGACCCCAUUAAAAAGAAAGACCUUCAUCACAGCAAUGGAGAAGAGAAAGCACAAAGCAUGGAGACCCUCCCUCCAGGGAAAGUACGGUGGCCAGACUUUAACCAGGAAGCUUAUGUUGGAGGGACGAUGGUCCGCUCCGGGCAGGACCCUUACGCCCGCAACAAGUUCAACCAAGUGGAGAGUGAUAAGCUGCGAAUGGACAGAGCCAUCCCUGACACCCGGCAUGACCAGUGUCAGCGGAAGCAGUGGCGGGUGGAUCUGCCGCCCACCAGCGUGGUGAUCACGUUUCACAAUGAAGCCAGGUCAGCCCUGCUGAGGACCGUGGUCAGCGUGCUUAAGAAAAGUCCGCCCCAUCUCAUAAAAGAAAUCAUCUUGGUGGAUGACUACAGCAAUGAUCCUGAGGACGGGGCUCUCUUGGGGAAAAUUGAGAAAGUGCGAGUUCUUAGAAAUGAUCGACGAGAAGGCCUGAUGCGCUCACGGGUUCGGGGGGCCGAUGCUGCCCAAGCCAAGGUCCUGACCUUCCUGGACAGUCACUGCGAGUGUAAUGAGCACUGGCUGGAGCCCCUCCUGGAGAGGGUGGCCGAGGACAGGACUCGGGUUGUGUCACCCAUCAUCGAUGUCAUUAAUAUGGACAACUUUCAGUAUGUGGGGGCAUCUGCUGACUUGAAGGGCGGUUUUGAUUGGAACUUGGUGUUCAAGUGGGAUUACAUGACGCCUGAGCAGAGAAGGUCCCGGCAGGGGAACCCAGUCGCCCCUAUAAAAACCCCCAUGAUUGCUGGUGGGCUGUUUGUGAUGGAUAAGUUCUAUUUUGAAGAACUGGGGAAGUACGACAUGAUGAUGGAUGUGUGGGGAGGAGAGAACCUAGAGAUCUCGUUCCGCGUGUGGCAGUGUGGUGGCAGCCUGGAGAUCAUCCCGUGCAGCCGUGUGGGACACGUGUUCCGGAAACAGCACCCCUACACGUUCCCGGGUGGCAGUGGCACUGUCUUUGCCCGAAACACCCGCCGGGCAGCAGAGGUCUGGAUGGAUGAAUACAAAAAUUUCUAUUAUGCAGCAGUGCCUUCCGCUAGAAACGUUCCUUAUGGAAAUAUUCAGAGCAGAUUGGAGCUUAGGAAGAAACUCAGCUGCAAGCCUUUCAAAUGGUACCUUGAAAAUGUCUAUCCAGAGUUAAGGGUUCCAGACCAUCAGGAUAUAGCUUUUGGGGCCUUGCAGCAGGGAACUAACUGCCUCGACACUUUGGGACACUUUGCUGAUGGUGUGGUUGGAGUUUAUGAAUGUCACAAUGCUGGGGGAAACCAGGAAUGGGCCUUGACGAAGGAGAAGUCGGUGAAGCACAUGGAUUUGUGCCUUACGGUGGUGGACCGGGCACCGGGCUCUCUUAUAAAGCUGCAGGGCUGCCGAGAAAAUGACAGCAGACAGAAAUGGGAACAGAUCGAGGGCAACUCCAAGCUGAGGCAUGUGGGCAGCAACCUGUGCCUGGACAGUCGCACUGCCAAGAGCGGGGGCCUGAGCGUGGAGGUGUGUGGCCCGGCCCUCUCGCAGCAGUGGAAGUUCUCGCUCAACCUGCAGCAGUAGGAGGGCCCAGGAGGCCCUGCCGUCCUGUCUCCUGCACCAUUGGGUGGAGUCUGGUGAUCACAUUAUUGAUUAUGUUUCUUAAACUUUCCGCGAAACUAAUAUACCUCAGUAUUCCAUCAUGGUCUGAAAGUCGAACUUCGGCAAGGCACGGACGACUGUGCAGACACAGCAGCGGCAAGAAGCGAGAACUGCCCUCCCCCUCCUCUCGGUGCGGCCCAGCCGGGCCCCCUUCCCCAGGCCGGAGCGCCCCUCUUCCUUCCAGCUUUCACUUCUGCCGGCUCCGCAACUGAGUGACACCCAGCGACAACCGACCGGGGAGUGGUAGAAGCAACUGAAUGGACGCGUGCGAGCUGAGGACAGGGCGGGAGAAGGGGGCACACAUGCCCCAGGGGAGCGAGGAGAACUCUUGAAAUCUCCAUUUUCGAUCGCAUCGAAAUCACGUAUGGUUUCCACAAAGCCGAGUCGUGUCACGUGGCAGGUUUACGUCGACAGCCCCUCUCUCUGCUCCUCCAUCCCCAAGUGUCUUCCUGGCCCAGACUCCCCUCCACCUGAUGUACUUGCUAUAUUGAGGAUGAAGUUUUCUAUGGUGGGACACUAAAUAUAAAGCUCUAUAGAGAAAGAAUGUACCGUCAGUUCCCUAUGGUUUCUGUAGGUCAUCAUCAUCUUGUAACUUCCCCACAAAGCCGUUCGCAGCUUCCGGGAGAAGGGGCCAGAGCCUGGUGGGGCCAGUUUCUCACGGAGGGAGGAGGUGGCCUUUGUCCCCUGGAGCCCGAUCAGCCAGUUGGUGCUACUGCUGUGGCCAGCUGGGGGGCUUCCUCCAGACCACCGGCCUCGGCCCCGGCAUCCCUGUUGGGCGUCAGUCAGCCUGAGAGUCACUACUGUGCGUCAGAAUCCACUUUGCGUGCUAUGCGUAUCUGUGAACCUGGAGGGGUUACUUACUUUGACAGAUAUCACUUUGGGUCUUUUUACAUUAAAUUUCUUUUCUCUAAGGAAUAUAAAACAUACCCCAUAGCUCUCAAUGUGAGCCACCCACGGGGCAGACCAAUGAUGCCAGGCAGCUGUCACAUGCUAGCAUUGGCCUCAUUGUGAUCUGAGCCCUGCACGCUGGGCCUUCAGAAUUAAUGGCCAGCAGUGUCAGGGAUGAGCCUGUCAGCCUGGGCACAGGCCUGGCUCACAGUCCUGCACACCUGCUGGCCUGGGGAGCUCCAGCCAGGCAGCGAGUCCUGCCCCACCCGCAGCUCCCUCCCACAUCCCACCUGGCCAAGGUGACUACUUCAGGGGGCUUUGGGGAAAGAAUUAGGAAGGGUCAGAACCAAACAAUGCCUGCUCAUUUACACUGAGGAUUCAGGGCAGGAGACAGUAGCCUUGGGGUCCUCUUAAGCCACAGACGGUUAUGAACUGAAAGUCAUAAUGGGGAGAGGUGCUUGGCGUCUGCCUGGGUACUCAGGAACGUUCCUUGUCACCCCUGCCACUCUGUGGUCGGUGCCCUGCUUCCUCCUCCACUCCCGGCCACCUUCUCCAGCGCCGCACACACAGAUGCUCAGUCUCAGAGAGGCUGGCAUGGCCUGGCAGUCUGAGAAAAGCGUCAGUUAGGCAGACCUGCAGGCCCCUCGGAGGGACAGCGGCGGCCUUGGAGUUAGGAGCCAUCCUGGGAGGUUGUGCCGGUGCCAUGCUCCUCCGUGUGUCUUGUAUGAAAGGGGCCACUGUGUGUCUUUCUCCCCGGCAGGAGCCCCACGGGUGUGCACUGUAGGACAGCGGCCCCGAGGUAGAAGCCUGGCUGGAGGGCUGCCCUGUAGGUCUUCUCUUCCCGCCUCCCCUGCCAUGCAACCAGAUGUGUUCUGAGUGGGCAGCGUGGCCCCACGCCGGAGUGACUCCGCACGCUUCUGUCUUUCACAGUGGGCACUUGGGGGGAGCCUGAGGAAAACCCCCUUAGGUACCUGUGCGAGGCUGUGGAAUGCAGGCCAGAGCAGGGCGUGCUUAGCCCCCAGCACCAGGUUCUUUUGUCAGACCCUGUCACCUGCGAGCUGCUACUACUGUUAGGAGGGAAAAAAAAUUGAUGAAUCUGGCUUGUAUUAAAAUCACGUUUUUUGAUGAAUCCUUUGCCCCCACACCUUCACCCCGCCCGCACCCUCAGGCCCUCUCAGCCUUCGUAUCAUCGGAUGUGUCUACCCAGGCCCUUGUGCGGCCCAUGCCCUGGGGGCAGUGUCCUGUCCCCGAGCUGGGUGGCGGCUUUGGAUGGUCCAGGCGUCAAGAGCAGGGGUGGGCUGGGGAGGGGUCCUUUGCGGUGAGCUAUGUUUACAUGACACAGUGUGCCAAAGUGACUUACUGUGGUUGCGUUAUUUUUUAGUCAUCAGGACUAUCUCACCCUCCCACUCCUGUUUUUAAAACUCAGAAUUCUUUCCUAAGAGCCCUUCGAGCAAAGUGUGCCGAAGUUAGUUGUCUUCUCUGUGGUGGUCCUUUCUUAUGUCUUCAUAAAAGCUCAGAUGAUGGUAUCUGUGAGUAUGUUUUGCAAAUUCAAAAUAUAGUUUGGUAAUUUUUUUUUCCAGUUGAUUUUUAAAAAGAACUGCUGUACAGAGCUUGUACUUUGUCCAUUUUAUAGAUGGAAACCAUCCUUGAAAAUUGUUUAACUUAAAUAAAGAGAAGAUACUUUCUAGA